UCGACUUUCCCCAUCACAUUCACACAUCAACAACAACAUCGCCAUCAUGACAACUGCACCUACCUCACCUACCAUCAUCUGGCCUGAGAAGUUCCUUCCUGGUACCACCGACAAUUUUGUCUCCAACGAAACCGUAGUCAAAGGCCUCAGCGCCGCAGACAUUUGGAAAUACCUUGCCGACAUCAGACAAUGGGAGUCCUACUACUGGAACUGCGAGAAAAUCACUCCUCCUACAUCCGGACCGAUGCUGAAGAAAGGCGACAAGUUUAGCUUCUCGACUUUCGGGUUCCCGCCUUUGCCUUCAGAAGUGUAUGAAUCAGUUGAACCAUCGAAGACAGAAGUCGGUCGUCUUGCGUGGAGAGCAGAGUCUGAUGGGAAUGGCGACAAGGACUCGGCUAUUGAUGUCUACCAUGCUUGGGUUAUCGAGGAUCUUGAAGGAGACCGUGUCAGGAUCUUGACACAGGAGUCGCAGAUUGGCAAGCCAGCGGCUGAUUUGUCUACCAAGAAGCCCAAUCCCAUGUUGAAUGGACACCAAGACUGGAUUGAUGGAUUGGUCAAGGCAGCAAGGGAUGGGAAGUAGAUAUAGCUACGUGAGAGCAGCCUCAGAGCAACUGUAUUCAAUUGCAAGCCCCCUCUGCCUCAAAGCCGCUGAUGUAACCAUGGUCAUCAAAGAGCACAGAUCUUUGAAAGUUGGAGCUGUGGUUAAUGGAGCGCUUGGAUGCGCCGUUCUUGAUAGGUGACCUCACGAGCCUCCAAACGCUCGGGUUGUGCCUCUCGAGUGAUUCGUUCGAACUAUUCUAGGGACAUCAGAUAACUUUCG